CCACUUGAUAAAGUGGGUCGUCGUCGUCAAUUCUGGUAAUUUCACCAAUGCGAAACACCGCGUGCAUAGAGAAGAGAAUGUCUUCUUCUAUUUCAAAAUAACUAACACUCUGAAUGUCAGCGAAUGGAGUUGACGUGACGGAAGGAUCAAUGGUUAUUUGAAAGAGAAUACCAACUGUAUCAGUCUUUCCUAAGGUACUUUCAGCAAAAACGAGAGAAACUUCUCGACUUUUACUGGUGGACAAGAAGUUGUUAAAGGACACUAGCCCACCUCUUGUUUUUCGGAGUUGUGCAUAAGCCACAGUCAGUAAAGUUUGUCCCCGAUAAACUAUGAAGGACUUCCCACAAUAACUACUGAGUUGUUCUUUGUGUAAUUCUUCAAUUUGAAGGAUAAGAGGGAUGAGAAGGAUGGUUUUUGUGUCCGUUUUCGGCAUAAUCACACCUAAAGAAAUGUUAAUCUUGGGACUCUCAGAAAACCCGAUGCCACGCCUGAACCAGGAAAAAUUAAAAGUUCGCUUAGUUCCCAUUUUGGAGAAGACACUUCGGACUAUCUAUCUAUGAAAAAAUACUGACAGAUUGCUCCCGCAGUGGUGUUCCAAAGAUCUCCUAGAAAACUGGCCUUUUGAAUGUUUUCGGAAAAUGGGUUUGCUUACGAAAAUAUAGGCUAACCUGUUCCCUUUCGAUUGCUGAAAAGCGCAAGUCUCUAGUGCUUAUCGUUGUCGAGUUAUUACCACGGGUUCUAUAGGGUUAACGUACUUUUAAGUACGUUAGCCAUUAACCAAAAAGUGUUAUAACAAUUUUUGUUUGGCUUUCUAGUGUUUAGAUUUAAUAAAAGUUUACUAUGAACCAUGUCUAGAUUUUAAUAUUCUGAUGAAAUAUCCCAAUGAUACAAACUACGUUCGCGAUAUUCGUUAGCUAUCUAUCGUCGUAUUACUGAUCCGUUGAAUAAUUACUUGGAAGUUAUAGGGUCAAGAAAUGAAAUCUAUGUGUCCGUGUAUGGAUGUGAUCUGUUUGCUUGAAUAGAUUAAAAAAACAGAAAUAAAUCGAAUUGAAUUAUCAACGCAAGCUAAUCCAGCGAAUGAUGCGCCGCCGUUCAAUACAACCGGGGAAGAAAACGAAAUAUCUUUGACAACUAAGCCUGAAAUAAUGGUUGAACCUGCUCCUAUUUACCAUAAGCGUUAUUUAACUGAAUUAUCAAAAUGUCCUUGUAUACAAUCUGGCUCAAAACAACGUGAACAUCCCCAAACAGCAGUAAUUAACGAAUGA